AUGGCAGUUGGUAUGACCAAUCACAAAUACGAAUUGGAAAAGAGUUUGAAAGAGAAAUACCUAGAAGGUUUAAAGAGGGAGGAUCUAUACUGGAAGGACAAAUCCAGGGAGUUGUGGAUUGCUGAAGGUGAUGCAAAUGCAAUUUUUUUUCAUGCCUCAGUCAAGGUGAAGAGAUUGUUUAAUAAGAUCUCCAUUAUUAAGAAUGAUGGUGAUAGAUGGUGUGUGUCCUCAGAGGAUAUUGAACAAGCGACAAUUGAGCAUUUUGUAGAUGUUCUGGGAAAAGAUGCUUCUCUAGAUUCUAUCAACUUCCCUUUGGUGGAGGAUUCCAUUACAAAUUUAGUGUCGGGCGAAGACAACAAUAUGUUGUUGACCCCGUUUUCCAUUGAAGAGGUGAAAGAGGCCACCUUUUCUAUCCAUCCUCAUAAAUCUCCUGACCCAGAUGGUAUAAUGACAGAAGUGUUUCAGGCUUGUUGGGAUUUCAUGCGAUCUAACAUCUGGAUGGUGUUGGAGUUCAAGAAGAGAAGGAAGUUUAUUAAGGCCAUCAAUCAUAUGAUGAUAGCUCUUAUCCCCAAGAAAUAG